AGAUCCUUGGCUAGGAAGGAAACAAGAUGAGUAGGAGUUCAAGCAAGAAGAAGUCCACACAUGGUGACCAUGGCUUCAAUGACAAUAUAUUUUCCUGGUCCCUAGAAGACAUUUUCAAUAAAGAUCUUUACAAGGAGAAGGUGAAACAUAUUGAUCAAUCAUUCAAUUCUGUUGACCAUUAUUUUGGGUCCUUUAAGUACCCGUUGUUGGAAGAAACUCGAGCACAAUUGUGCUCCAGUCUGGAAAUCUUAUCCAGUGCACCUUUUGCAGAAGUAGUUUCUCUUCACGAGGCCAAAUCAUAUAAUAAGAUACUCUAUAAUGUUAGAACUGGCACCUGGAAAAAUAGGUUCUCUGGUCAUGGAAAAGAGCUAUACAAAACAAUGAGUGGAGAUGUUUUUGUUUUGGCGGAUUUUAAACCUGAAACUGUCAAUGAUUUGCAAAGGGAAGGAAGGAUGUGGACUAUUGUAUUGUCAUCUUGGAUUGCAGUGAAGGAUACUGAAGUUAUGUCUUCCUUUAAAGUCGUUGCUUCUAAAAACAUUGACCUUAAUGAAGUAGCGAAAAAAUCUUUGUUUAUUGUAUUUUUGACAAAUUUAACCCCCAACAGAAGAAUAUGGAAUGCUCUGCACAUGUCUGGAAAUUCGAAGUUAAUCCAGAAAAUUUUAUGUGCUGAUGACGUGGUUGAGGAAAGUUGUGAUUACUGCUCUCUGCAGACUUAUGCUCUAAGGGAUGAUAAAACAUGUGAAAGGUUAUCAUCUGAAUUGAAUGAGUCCCAAUAUAAGGCAAUUUGUGCUUGCCUUUCUUCCUUACACUGUAAUCAUAGGUCUACUGUGGAUCUCAUUUGGGGUCCACCUGGAACUGGAAAAACGAAAACUUUGGGUACACUGCUUUUUGCUCUGUUGAAGAUGAACUAUAGGACUCUUGUCUGUGCCCCAACAAAUGUUGCCAUUAAAGAAGUGGCAUCGCGUGUCUUGAGCAUGGUGAGAGAAUCAUUUGAUAGAAAAUUUGAUGCCUUGUCCUGUGCAUUAGGAGAUGUCCUAUUAUUUGGGAAUCAUGAGCGGCUCAAAGUUGGUGCAGACAUUGAAGACAUAUAUUUGGAUUAUCGUGUCGAGCAGCUGACAAGGUGCUUUGCACCACUUACUGGUUGGAGAUGUUGUUUUGGUUCAAUGAUUGAUCUUCUUGAAAAUUGUGUUUCCUAUUAUCAUAUAUACAUUGAAAAUGAGUUGAGAAAGGAGCAAGACAACAUUGAUGAUAAUAAUAUUUCUAAUACAAAAGAUCAUGACCCUUCAGAUUGUAGUGAGAGUAUGUGCAAAUCUUUUCUGGAGUUUCUGAGAGAAAGUUUUCUUUCUAUAGCAUUGCCACUCAGAAACUGUAUUUCUGACAUGUGUACUCAUAUAGCCAGAAGUUACAUUUUGGAACAUAACUUUGAACGUUUGGUCUGCCUUAUUCACUCUCUUGAUUCGUUCAAAGCUUUGUUGUUUCAAAGUAACGUCAUUUGUGAAGUAUUGGAAGAGCUCUUUUCAUCUCCAGAAAAGCAAGAUAGUUCUUUUGAGUCAUUUGGGGGUGGCGAAUACUUAUUGUACAAGAACAGAUCUGAAUGCCUGUCUUCUUUAAGAACCCUUGAAGGUUCACUAGGUGAACUUAACCAGCCAAAAGUUUUGAACCAAGAAUCAAUUAGAGAGUUCUGUUUACAAACAUCCUCAUUAAUAUUUUCCACUGUUUCUAGUUCCUUUAAGCUUCAUUCUGUUGACAGGAAGCCACUAAAUGUUUUAUUGAUUGAUGAAGCUGCACAGUUGAAGGAAUGUGAAUCAAUCAUACCUUUACUACUGCCAGACAUAAACCAUGCCAUUCUUGUUGGAGAUGAAUGCCAGCUACCAGCAAUGGUUGAAAGUAAUGUUUCUUCUGAAGUUGGUUUCGGAAGAAGCUUAUUUGGGAGGCUGAGCUCAUUGGGUCAUCCAAAUCACUUUCUAAAUAUACAGUACAGGAUGCAUCCAGCAAUAAGCUCCUUUCCAAAUUCACAGUUCUAUUUAAACCAAAUUCUAGAUGCUCCAAAUGUUGUGAGAAAGAACUGUAGAAAGCAAUAUCUCCCAGGGCCAAUGUUUGGUCCCUAUUCCUUUAUAAAUGUAGUUGGUGGCCGUGAAGACUUCGAUGAUGCUAGGGGAAGCCGGAAAAAUAUGGUUGAAGUUGCAGUUGUGAAGAGAAUGAUUCGAAAUUGUUUUGAAGCAUGGCGUGUCUCGAAGGAGAACCUCAGUAUAGGUAUAGUGUCUCCAUAUGCUGCCCAAGUGCUUGCGAUUCAGAAUAUGCUUGGACAAAACUAUGAUAGGAAUGAUGGAUUUGAUGUGAAGGUGAAAACAAUUGAUGGUUUCCAGGGUGGAGAGCAGGACAUUAUUAUAUUAUCAACUGUAAGAACUAAUGCUAGUACUUCACUUGAGUUCAUCUCCAGUCACCAGAGGACUAAUGUUGCUCUUACAAGGGCUAGGCACUGUUUGUGGAUUUUGGGAAAUGAAAGGACCCUCACAAAUCAGGAAAAUGUUUGGAAAGCUUUGGUGCUUGAUGCUAGAAAACGUCAAUGUUUCUUUAAUGCAGAUGAAGACAAGGAUCUGGCUAAAAGUAUCUGGAGUGCCAAGAAAGAGCUAGAUCAAUUGGAUGAUUUUCUUAAUGCAGAUAGUGUCCUUUUCAGAAAUUCCAGGUGGAAGGUUCUUUUCAGUGAUAGCUUCCUAAAAUCAUUUAAAAAACUGCGUACAGAGCGGACAAAGAAGUCAGUUGUUAACUUCUUACGCAAACUUGCCAGUGGGUGGAGACCUAAAAAGAGGAUGACUGUGGACUUACUUUGUGGAAAUUCAUCACAAAUAUUGAAGCAAUUCAAAGUUGAAGGUCUUCACAUUGUUUGUUCAAGUGACAUAGUGAAAGAAUCACGGUAUACUCAAGUUUUGAAGAUAUGGGAUGUACUGCCUCUAGAGGAAAUACCUAAACUAGUUAAAUGUCUUGAUGGUAUAUUUGGAAGCUACACCGAUGAUUAUAUAAGUCGCUGUAGUGAGAAAUGUUAUGAGGGGAAAAUUGAGGUCCCAAUAAGUUGGAAAAGGUCAGCAGAGAUCAUCAAAUUUAAGAAUCUUGAUAAUAAUGGAAUUGAAGCCGAAUUAAGUGGUUGUGAUCAAAGAAUUGAGGUUGAGAAUUCAAAGGUUGAUGAAAGUUUGUUAUUGAUGAAAUUCUACUCCUUAUCAUCUGGUGUAAUUAGCCACUUGCUUUCUGAUCGUGAAGGUAAUGAAUUGGAUCUUCCAUUUGAAGUAUCAGAUGAAGAACAUGAAAUAAUUUUGUUUUCUAAAAGUACAUUUUUAUUGGGUCGCUCUGGUACUGGUAAAACUACUGUUUUGACCAUGAAGUUAUGGCAAAAGGAGAAGUUGCACCAUAUGGAUGUUGAAGCCUCAUAUGGUAUUAAGAGUGCUCCAGUUCCGUGUUUGAAUCAUGAAAAAGAGUAUGAAGAGAGUUCUUCUGUGAAUGACCGGCCUGUCUUACGCCAGUUAUUUGUAACAGCGAGUCCCAAACUAUGUCAAGAGGUAAAACAUCGAGUUGUUCGAUUGAAAAGGUCAAUAGGUAAGUCAUCAGAAGUAGAAAAUAUACCAGAUUCUUUUGUUAAUCUUCCAACCAACUCAUAUCCACUUGUAAUAACAUUUCAGAAGUUUAUAAGGAUGCUUGAUGGGACUUUAGGGAAUUCCUUUUUUGAAAGAUUUAGUGACCAAUCUUCUCAUAGUCAGAACCUUGGUGUAAGAUCUGUUGCUUUGGAGACCUUCAUAAGGAACAAGGAAGUGACUUAUGACAGAUUUGAUUCAUUAUAUUGGCCCCAUUUCAAUUCCCAAUAUACUAAGACUCUAGAUUCCUCGAGAGUGUUCGCUGAAAUCAUUUCUCAUAUAAAAGGGGGUAUACCAGCUCUUGAGUCUGGUGAUGGUAACCUAAGCCGCGAGGAUUAUCUUUCCUUAUCUGUAAACCGAGCCUCAAUUUUAGCAAAGCAGAAAAGAGAGAUCAUAUAUGACAUUUAUCAGAGUUAUGAAAAAAUGAAAAUGGAUAAAGGAGAUUUUGAUUUGGCUGAUAUUGUAAUAGACAUUCAUUGUCGACUCAAAAUUGAAAGAUAUGAGGGUGAUGAGAUGCACUUUGUGUAUAUUGAUGAGGUGCAAGAUCUAACCAUGAGUCAAAUUGCUUUAUUUAAAUAUGUGUGCCAAAAUGUUGAAGAAGGUUUUGUUUUUUGCGGUGAUACAGCACAGACCAUUGCAAGGGGAGUUGAUUUUAGGUUCCAAGAUAUAAAAUCUUUAUUUUACAAGAAGUUUGUGCUAGAAUCAAAGAGAAACACACAUAGCCAAGGAAAGGAGAAAGGGGAAAUUUCAGAUAUCUUUUUAUUGAAUCAGAACUUUCGUACUCAUACUGAAGUUCUUAAAUUAUCCCAGAGCAUCAUUGAGCUUCUUUUUCGUUUUUUCCCUCAUUCUAUUGAUCUUUUGAAGCCUGAGACUAGUUUGAUAUAUGGGGAAGGUCCUGUUGUUCUUGAAUGUGGAAAUAGAAAAAAUGCAAUUGCUACUAUUUUUGGCAGUAGUGGAGAUGUGGGUGGGAAAAUUGUUGGCUUCGGAGCCGAGCAAGUAAUUUUGGUACGAGAUGAUUUUGCUCGUAAGGAAAUUUUAGACUACAUAGGGAAACAGGCUCUUGUUUUAACCGUUUCCGAGUGCAAGGGCCUUGAGUUUCAGGAUGUAUUGUUGUACAACUUUUUUGGCUCUUCACCCCUGAAAAAUCGAUGGAGAGUGAUAUACGAGUAUAUGAAGGAACAAGAUAUGCUAGAACCUACAGAACUUAAGUCUUAUCCAAUUUUCAAUUAUUCCAAACACCAUAUUCUGUGCUCUGAGCUUAAGCAGUUAUAUGUGGCUAUAACUCGUACGAGACAGAGAUUGUGGAUUUGUGAGAAUACAGAGGAGUUCUCUAGACCUAUGUUUGACUAUUGGAAAAAGAAGGGUCUUGUACAAUUUAAAGAACUGGAUGAUUCACUUGCUCAGGCAAUGAAGGUUGCAAGUAGUCCAGAAGAAUGGAGGUCACGUGGCAAAAAGAUAUAUUAUCAAAAUAAUUACGAGAUGGCAACAAUGUGUUUUGAAAGAGCAGGUGACUCUUGUUGGGAGAGAAAGUCUAAGGCCGCUGGUCUUAGGGCAGGAGCAAAUCAUUUGCACGAUUUGAAUCCUGAGGAUGCAAAUGCAAUGCUUUGGGAAGCUGCUGAAAUUUUUGAAGGAAUAGGAAUGGCUGAUUCUGCUGCGCAGUGUUUUUCUGAUUUGGGUGAUUAUGAAAGAGCUGGGAAUCUUUAUUUGGAGAAAUGUGAAGAGCCUGAUUUGAAAAGAGCAGGGGAUUGCUUUUAUUUAGCUGGAUGUUAUGAAAUUGCAGCUCAAGUGUAUGCUAGAGGCAGUUUCUUCUCAGAUUGUUUGACUGUUUGUACAAAAGGAGGAUUGUUUGACAAUGGUUUAUCUUACAUUCAUCUCUGGAAACAAAAUGAAAGUGCUGGCCAUACGGCUAGAAGUCAUGAACUAUACACAAUAGAACAGAAGUUUCUGGAAAGUUGUGCUCGUAAUUAUUUUGAUCGUAAAGAUACCAGAUCCAUGAUGGAAUUUGUUAGAGCUUUUCAUUCGAUGGAUUUGAAACGUGAGUUCUUACAACAAUUAAGUUUACUUGAUGAGCUUCUUGUGUUAGAAGAGGAAUCAGGGAACUUUAUGCAGGCAGUAAACAUUACUAGGAUGAUGGGUGGUGUUCCACGUGAGGCUGACCUGCUGGGAAAAGCUGGUAAAUUUGUGGAAGCUUAUGAACUUGUGCUUUUCUAUGUACUUGCACAUUCUCUUUGGUCUGCAGGAAGCAAAGGAUGGCCCUUAAAGCAGUUUUCACAGAAGGUUGAGCUUUUGGGAAAAGCAUUGUCAUUUGCAAAGGAAGAGUCAAACAGUUUUUAUGAGCUUGCUUCUACAGAAACUGAAAUAUUAUCCAAUGAGCAUAGUAACAUUUUUGAGUUACUGAUUCAUUUGAAAUCUUCUCGCAUGUAUGGGAGUGUCGGAGGUGAAAUAUUAUGUUUAUGGAAACUUUUGGAUGCUCAUUUUCAACUGAAAUCCUCCAAGUAUGUCUGGCAAGACGAUAUGUUCAAUGAUUCUGUGGAAGAAAUAAUUUUGAAGAAUCAUCUUUCUGUGGAGACACUGUUUUACUGUUGGACAUGUUGGAAGGAUAACAUCGUUCAUAUAUUGGAAUAUCUUCCAAGUUUAAAAUCCCAUGACAUUCACCAGCACAGCAGUUAUGGGAAGUUUGUAUUGAAUUUUUUGGGUGUUCAAAAGAAAUUUUCUAAUCGAAAUGACAUCUACCUUUUGCUCAUCCCUGAUGCUAACUGGGUGAUACAAUUGGGUGACAGAUCUCUAAAGAAGAAUGGAAGGAUGGUUUCUGUUGAUGUUCAAUCUUUAGUUUCUGCUGCUGAGAGCUAUUGGCGUUCAGAAAUGGUUUCUGUUGGCAUGGAUGUCUUGCGCAACCUCGAUGCACUGUACAAGUUGUCAGUUAAUAAAGUUCUUUCUGAUUUUUGUCAAUUCAGGUCUUUGAUGCUUAUCUAUGAGGUCUCAAAAUUUCUCCUUGAAUCCAAAUGUUUUAGCCACAGCUUUAAUAACUUAAAAACAUUGGAGAAUUAUCGCAGACAACCAAUUCAUCAUUUCUUUCGCUAUGUAGUUCCUCUAGACUGGAAGAAAUCACUGUCAAAAGACAUGUUUUCGCUUAGGUUAACUGAGGAUUGUGAGGAUUUGGGGAAAGAGGUCAUCUAUGAAAACAUUAAACUGAAAGGUAGGCUGACUUAUGGUCAAAUUGGAAGGGUGGCAGUUAUGAUUCUUGGUACAGCUAAUUCGAAAAAUGAACUGUCUGUGGAGAUCAUGAAAAGAUUUGAAGAUAAUCCUCCCUGGAAAGAGUUCAUUCAGAGCUUGCAGUGGAAUUCAGCAACUGAAAUUUCACAAGACAAUGAAGCAGUUAAAGAGGUGCAUCGCAUAUAUAAGUUUUGUGAUGCUUUGCAGUAUACUUACAAUGUGAACUGGACAGAGGAAGUUGACUAUAUAUCUCCAAGUUGUUUUAUGUAUCUCAUUGAACGCCUUCUCCUCUUCACAUCAUGCUGGGAGGGGUUCAUUUUUGCCACAAAGUCAUCUUUUGUUGAAUGGCUCAUUCACCAGGAUGAAAAUUCCCUUCCGAAUUUUAGUUUAUUGGCUGAGGUGCAUCCAGAUGUAAAAGAUGUCCAUAAGUUCAUUGCCUAUGUCCUCCGGGAGUUCCUUUAUAAUCAAAAUGAUACCAAACAUUGGAUUAAAAAAUCAAACCUAAAUGUGAAGUAUUAUUUUCCGUUGUUUGUGCUGAGAUUGGUUGUUUUGAUAUGUUUGCUUCACCUCAGCUCUGGUAAAUAUUUAGAGUUACUUCACGAGUUGUUGGGGAAGAGCCAAGUGACCACUCAACUGCCAUUGGAAUUUUAUAAUGUUCUUCGGAAAGGACGGAGGCGCCUUGGUUUGAAAGUCUUUGCUGAGGCAUUUAAAAUGAUUGACAAUCCCUUGGUAGUUGUCAGGUUAUGGAACAACUCUUCAGAAAUUGUGUGUCCAGAUGCUGUGUUUGUGGAUUUCAAGAUAUGCCAGCAAAGAGAGCUCAUAUUACAAGUAUUGUUUCCUAAUACUGUUGACAAUGUGGGUGGGGAAACUGAAGCAGUUAUAGUAGAAGCUUCUGGCUCAACAUCUAAUGAGUUUCCUUCAAAGUUUCCCAAUACUGUUGACAAUGUGGUUGGAGAAACUGCAGCAGUUAUAGUAGAAGCUGCUGCCUCAACAUCUAAUGAGUUUCCUUCAACGUUUCCUAAUACUGUUGAUAAUGUGGGUGGGGAAACUAAAGCAGUUAUAGUAGAAGCUUCUGGUUCAACAUCUAAUGAGUUUCCUUCAACGUUUCCUAAUACUGUUGACAAUGUGGUUGGGGAAACUGCAGCAGUUAUAGUAGAAGCUUCUGGCUCAACAUCUAAUGAGUUUCCUUCAAUGUUUCCUAAUACUGUUGACAAUGUGGGUGGGGAAACUGAAGCAGUUAUAGUAGAAGCUUCUGGCUCAACAUCUAAGGAGUUUCCUUCAACAAACUGUUCCAGUGUUCCAAAUAACAGUUCCACUCCUGUUUCAGAUCAGACAUCUAAUAGUGGGAUGAAAUAUGAAAUCAACAUGUCUAUGAAUGCUGACUACUUUUGGGAUAUGUUGGAAAAUAUGCAGUUGGCAGUUGAUGAAUCAUGUCUCAAUAUGGUGUCGUGUAAUUCCAUUAUAAUAAGGGAAUUUUUGGAUCCUUGCAUUGAACUUUUGAUUUCUUCAAUAUCUGGAAGCUUGUCAGAGAACCCUGUUAACCUUAAAAACAAAACUGAAUUGGAGGAGGUGGUAAGCUUGCUUGAUGAAAUGAAGCAACUUUCUUCAGCAUUGAGUGUGAAUGAUUCGUUGAUUGAGAAUCGUAUUCCAGUGAUUGGUGAACUCGCUAAGAAAAUUCUUGUAAGACGACCAAAAGUAGCGCACAUUUUGAAUAAGCUGGUUUUGAUAAACAAGAUUACCAAUGUUGAGUAUGAGACGACAUCACAAGCCAGCAUUGAAGCAGGCAAUGAUGACCAAGGGCAAAAUGAUUUGGUGGAAUCAAAAGAUAUCAUGUCCAAGAAUUUCCAAGGUGCUAUCAACUCAGGCCGUGCAAACAUAAUGGAAUGUUGCUGUAUUUGCUGACUUUGGUGGCAGCAGCAAUUUUUGGUUGGAAAUUAGGUGCAAGCAAAAAUUAGGCAGCCUAAUGUUCUUUCUUAGCCACCAUAUCAAGCGAAUUUGCUGGCUGAUUUUUGGAUGAUUUCACACCUUAGUUUUGCAACUACAUAUGAGGUUUCUUGCAUUUGGUUUAAUGUAUCAAACUACAGACCACGGUUUUAUUAGAAACCAUUGAAUUAGUUGAUCAUGGGUGUUAAAUUAGCGUAUUCAUAUGUAGAUGUACUACCUUAUCUUCAAAAUAACUAGUUUUUGAGAUCAAAUCUCGCUGGCGAGAUUGGUUUGUAACCUUUUGUUUCAAGGAUACAAUAACUACUGACUAAUCGCGAACGAUGAAUCUCCAA